AACCAGGCGCACGGCGUUCAGGACGCGGCGCACGCCGUCAGGACCAUCAGCAGCCCCGUGUCGUUACCGAUGGUUCUGACCUCCUCCGGCGCCCUCCAGUCGGUUCCCCUCACCGUUCUGGCUAACGGCGACUCCAGCCACUCCUCGCCUCCUCGGGUCAUCCUCCACACUGUUCCCUCCGCCGCCGCGGGGGGCAAAGACGUGCUCACCAUCCAGACGGCGUCUCUCGCCGGCGGUGCCGGCGGCCUCCAGGACGGCCUCCCGCAGCAGCUCCUGGUCACCAAUCUGGGCUCUUCCACCAUUUCCUCCUCCUCGGUCUCCUCCUGCUCCUCCCCUCCGGGAGUCAUCAGCUCCGCCGGCUCGGGUCUCAACGGCCUGCCCCGCCUCGUCACCAUCAACACCAGCGGCGGGCACGCCAUGGUGGCGCAGCAGCCGGGCACCGUCAUCGCCACGGUGCUGAAGUCCAGCGAUCUGUCGGCGCUGCAGGUCAAGGAGGAGAUGCUGGACUCCAGCUACUUCCAGUCGAUGGUGAACGGCGACCCGUCGCUGGCGGCGCACACAUUCGACAAGGAGGAGAUGGAGGCCGGCGAGGCGGAGCUGCAGUACAGGACUGUGAUCAUCGAUACCAGUCAAAGCCAAGCCCAGGCGCCGGCGAGCGAACCUUUAAUGAACGGACGUUACUCCCAGAGCAGCAGCCCCGGCGAGGGCUUGACCCCGGUGGAGGAGCUGGAGGUGCGCGGGGAAAUGUCUCUGCAGCCGGAGCCGGGGGUCAAAACCCUGCAGGAGCUGCCGCUCUCCGUCCAGCUGCCUGCAAACUUUAUCCAGAUAAAAAGUGAGCCUGCAGAGGCUUAGGGCCGCAGAACUCUUUCAAAACACACAAAGAAAUCGAAAUUAUUUUGACCACAGACUCGAUAUUUUCCUUUUCCAACCACAACGGUCUGAUUCCAACAUCAGAAGUGAGUGAACUUGCAGCAUGUUGCUCUUAAAAGUCAGUCAGUUCAGCCUCAGGAUUUAUUGUUUACUCACAUGUUAUGUGACCAUGUGCCUAAUUUCAAAAAAAUCUAGGGAGCGAUUAGCGUUUUGUUCUUUUUUAAGAAGUUAGCUUUCACAACAAGGAUUAUUCCGUGUAGAUAAAAAAAAAAUCCAAACGUGGGAUCAAUGUCUACGAUGAAAAAUGUGCCAGUCAAGUUUUUGUUUUUAUUUUCUAACGUUUGCAUCUCAUCGGACUAACGCUGUCAGAGGACAACAAACCAAAAACCAGGACUGAAUGCCAAACGGUGCAACAAGAAGGGACGCCUGAAGCAGUUUAAGUAGAGAGUGCCUUAUGAGAUGUUUGCAGAAAGAAUUACUGUUUAUUUUAAAGACAAGGAAGUUGAUAUUCAUUUAUUUUGAAACAGACAGAGUAGGUGUGCAUCUACUCUCUGUCAGCCCUGAAUUAAAACACUGUUAACAUGAAAAAGGGCAUUUUUCUGUGUGGAGCUGCAGACCGGAGGGCACAGCAAGAAAAGCAGAAUAAAAGUGAUUUAUUUCCAUUUCUCCCUCUGAUGCUCCACGGUUUAAGUCCUGUUUAUGUAAAACAAUAUAUAUAUGAAUUUAUAAAUAAAUAUAUAUACUGUAUGUAGACGUAUAAUAUGCAAUUGAGAUUCAAUUUUAAGGCCACAACAAAUUUAUUUAUUUUAUUAAUUCCUAAAUUCUGUAAAGAAAAGGCACAUUCGUUUUAUUUUUACGUGUAAACCUGAGGGAAGAUGAAAACGAAGAUACAGGAAGCCUAACUGGCUUUUUUUUUUCUUUUUGUAUAGCUUUCGAUAUAAUCAGCUUUGUUUAGUUUUUUUUUUAAAUUUCUGGUCUUAAAUGCUCAGCGCGGCAUCAUUAUUCUGCUGCUGUGAAUAUCUGUUAAACAUUUACUGAAUGAGCUUUUUGUUCCCUCUUUUCAGCGGAUAUACCUCUCUCCUUUUUCCAACAGUCGAGGCUGUGCUUUCAGAACUAUUGGAUUUUAUAUUACACAGAGUAUCAAGUGUAUCAGUCAAUACUGAUUUUCUGCUUAGAAUCUAAAGUUUCUACAUUUGUUAGGAACAAUAAAACCCGACUUAUUUCUCCCCUUUUUUUGUGUCUCUGGUCAGAGGAAGUUUGUGCCUUCUUAUUGUUUUUCUGUCCUGUUUGGUUAAGAACUCCCUUGUUUCUGUUGGGGAUGAAGCCAUAUUGAUCCCGAGUCGCGUCGCGGCCCAAUGGGCUGUUUUUUCCGGGUCGGGCCGAGCCGCCGAGCGAGGGAAACUCGGACUACCUGACCUCCAUAGUCUGCUUUACAAACUCACCAGAGCCAAAGAGGUCCACAUCCUGCAGGCACUCUGAAUGUAAAACAUGCUGGCACAAAAAUGUUUUGACAAUCAACAAAUACACUGGGUUAUAUUUGCAUUAAAAUCUGACUUUCUGUUAGGAUUAUCUUCAUAUGUAUUCUUAUAUCCUGUCUUUUUAUUUUUUCCUAAAGCACUGUGGUCUGUGAAUUGUUGAGGUAUGUCCACUGCAUUUUGUUUUGUUGCUUCUGUUGUCUUGGGUUGUCAAUGGCCUCCUUUUAUGCUGAACUUAGACUAGAUUUCUAAGAAAAAGUCAAUAUGCUAAUUAAAAAGAAAAUCUCCUCUCUACAUUA